AUGACUGUUGUUACUCUUCCCGAACCCUUUGCUAGCAUCCCCCGAGAGAACUUUCUCUUUGGCGCAUCGCCUCUUCAGCCCCUCCCCAGAAUAUCCGCUGCUCUCGGUGGAAAGGUCAAUGUCUACGCAAAGCGCGAGGACUGCAACUCCGGUCUCGCCUACGGUGGUAACAAGGUCCGAAAGCUAGAAUACCUCGCCGCUGAGGCCCAAGCCCAAGGCUGUGAUACCCUCGUCUCCAUCGGCGGCGUCCAGUCCAACCACACCCGCGCCGUAACCGCCGUCGCCACAAAGCUCGGUCUCAAAGCCGCCACCGUCCAAGAACACUGGGUUGACUGGGAAGACCCCGGCUAUGAAAAGGUCGGCAACAUUCAGCUGUCGCGGCUCAUGGGCGGUGAUGUGAGACUUGACCCCUCGACAUUCGGUAUCGAGCACAAGACUACUCUCGCCAAGCUCACAGAUGAGCUCAAGAGCAGUGGUCGCAAGCCAUACUAUAUCCCUGCUGGAGCUUCAGACCAUCCCCUCGGCGGUCUAGGUUUCGCACGCUGGGCAUUUGAAGUCGAAGCGCAGGAGAAGGAGCUCGGAAUCUUCUUCGACACCAUCAUCGUAUGCGCCGUAACAGGCUCUACAUUCGCCGGCAUGAUCGCCGGCUUCAAGCUCGCCCAGAAGAAGAACGGCUCUCCCGCGCGUAAAAUCAUCGGCAUCGACGCCUCCGGCAAAGUACAGCAGACCUUCGACCAAGUCCUGCGCAUCGCCAAGUCGACAGCUGCCAAGAUCGGCCUCAGCGAGGACGACAUCACAGCGGACGACGUGAUCCUGGACCCCAACUACAACGCCAAGAUCUACGGCAUCCCUGACGAGACGACUAUUGAGGCGAUGAAGUUUGGCGCUGCGACUGAGGCGUUCAUCACGGAUCCUGUGUAUGAGGGCAAGAGUUUGGCGGGGAUGAUGGAUUUGAUCAAGACGGGCAAGAUCGCGAGUGGGAAUGUGCUUUAUGCUCAUUUGGGAGGUCAAUUGGCGCUCAAUGCUUAUUCUUCCCUGUGA